CAGAUCUUUGUUAUCUCACUGUCUUUCAAAAUUCACAUCUGGAGGUGAGUUAAAAACAUUCACACAUCAAUGAGGAUACAGGAGGACAGCUAAUUAUCUGAGCCAUGGAAAACGACCCACUGUUGUUCGUCACAAAUAUACAGGUCUUGGGUGCAAAGACCAGAAACAGGGAUUUUCUCUUCUGGCUGGGUGAAUUACUUAAAUUGAACUGGCUGAAGAAAAAUAAUCCUGAGGUCAAGGGUGACAUUAUUCCUAAACUGAUCAUAGCCUUUGCUUGCGAAUGUGUAGAAAUCAAUGACUUCGUAAGCUUGCAGGAACUUCUAGAGAGGGUGGACAUUGACACUGCAGGCUAUGAUGGCUCCUCACCUAUUCACAGGGCCUGUGAAAAGGGAAACGUCGGGAUGUUAAAGUACCUCCUAUCCAAAGGAGCGUCCUGUAAUCUCAGUGACCGCAAUGGAAAUACCCCAAUGACCCUCGCCAUCAAAAAAAGGCACCUUGAUACUGUGAUGCAGUUGCAGAAGUUUGGGGGAUCUAUAUACUUGGACUCUGUAAGGAUCGGCAUGGAGCUUAACAAGGCUGUUCUCGACAGGGACUAUUUGAUGCUGAAGGCCUGGCACCAUGCCGGCGUGGAUAUGGACCAGGCUGAUUAUAACGGGAGGACGGCCAUGCACACAGCAGUCCGGAACAGGGACCCAGGCAUGGUGUCCAAACUGCUGGAGUAUGGAGCUACCCCUCUGGAGCUUGAUGUGUGGGGUUGGACCGCAGUUGAUGAGGCAAAGAAACACCAUCUAACAGACAUCCUGAUGCUGUUCCACCCGCUCUUCACUGAAAAGUUUACCAACAGCCACUUAUAUCAGCUCUACAAGGAAAGCCUGGAAGCUGGGCUGGAAUAAAUCUUACUCAUCUUCAGGAAUUUAUAACUGAUGAUUAACACUGCUUGGUUCCGGUUUUCCUCAAAGGAGACAGACACAUUUGGCUAUUUAGUAAAUAUGGCAGUCAAAAAUAUUUGAUAAUUUUAUUGUACGUAAUUGUAUUUUAUUGUAUCGUAAAUUGUACGAUAUUAAAAAAUCUUUUUAAUUUUUUUCUUCAAAGAUCUCAGAAACAUGUUGUUUUCACCGCCAUAUCAAUGUGGA